AUGAGCAACCUGACAGUGUCUAUAAUAAGCCUGCUGAUUACUUCACCUUUUGGGACACCAGGUGGCGGGGCACAGCCUGGUGGGGACACAGAGAUGGUGGGGACGUGGGGUGGUAAAGACCUGGGGAACACCAGGGAUGCAGGGGAACAGGGGGUGGUGAAGAUGCAGGAAUGCCAGGGUCAGCAGGCAGUUAGGACAUGGGUAGGUGCAGAACACCAGGCAGUGGGGUCUCCAAACACCUGGAAUGUUGUCUUUGGAACCCCGACACAUUCCGCCUGGCACUGCAGCUGCCAACAGCAGACGGGGACCUGUCCUGACCCUUUCUUUGCUCAAGUUAUGUCAUCAGAAAGCAACACUGACUUCCAAAAAAAUCUCAUAAGCAUGGAUAGAAAGAAUGAAACCUCUCAGCAAAUACAUAGCAGUAAGAAGUCAAAUGUAGCAGCAAACAAAUUGAAUGAUAUUCCAGAAGCACUGCCAGAGGUCCAAAACCACCUUGGAGAUGGAGCAGCAGAAAAUAUAACGGAGAGAAUAAAAACAGCAGAGAAAAAGAAGAAAAAACAAAGUAAUGAUGUAGACAGAGCAAGCCGCAAACGAAGAUCAGAGAGCAAUGAAAAACCAGCUGGGACAAAAGAAGAAACAACGUUAGAGACCGGCAAUCAGUUAAACCCAACACCUCUGUCUCAUAUUCCUCUGAAAAGCCUAAUGGACAUAGAAAUGGAGUUGGUCUACACUGAUGAGGAGGACAUUUCCUUCGAGUUUGCUGAGCCUGUGGUGUCUACAAGCACACAGUCAGCGUGUCGUGAUUCUGCAAAAGCAGAGGCUCUGAGCACACCGAAUGGCAGCGCUUUGCCCCAGAUUGACAGAGAGCUUCAGGUGGCCCUCCAGGAAGCCAGCGCUUGCUACAGGGAGAACAACUACGCAGCAGCAGCGGAGCAGUUCUCAGCAGCACUGGAGAUUUGCAGUAAAGGUGCUGCUAUAGAGAAUACUUCUGAGCCAUCUCCAGAAGAUAUUUCCAGUAUCGCCAGUUUUAUUGAGACAAAGCUUGUAACCUGCUACUUAAAACUGAAGAAGCCUGAUGAUGCUCUGAAUCAUUCGCACAGGAGCAUUAUUCUGAACCCAGCUUAUUUCCGGAAUCACCUGCGCCAGGCUGCUGUGUUUAGGUGCUUAGAGAGAUACUCUGAAGCUGCAAGGAGCGCCAUGAUUGCUGACUAUAUGUACUGGCUGACAGGAGGCACUGAGGAGCAUAUAAGCAAGCUCAUCAAACUGUAUUGGCAGGCUAUGAUUGAAGAAGCCAUCACUGGAGAGGUAUCUUUUUCAGUUAUGUACACACCAUUCGUUGCAGAAGUCAAGGCUGACAAAAUAAACAAGAUAAAGGACAUGUUUGCUAAAAAGCACCCUGAUUACACAGAGCACAUAUAUACAGAUCCUCAUGGACUUCACAUCUUGCCCCAGACAGCUGAGUGGCCCUCCCUGCCUCCCCAGCAGUACUUACUGACUCUGGGUUUCAGAAACAAACAUAUUGGAAAAAUCAUGGAAAGGUGUUCAAGUAGAAAACUGCCAAUCUUUUCAGACCGGAAAGCACCCUUCAGUCCUCUCACAAAAGAAGAAACAAAAAGAUAUUGGGAUAACACUGGGAAAAAGGUUGUGUCAGUAAUGGAUUUUAUAAGAAGCACCAAAUUAACUGACAAUCUCUGUGCGUGUUCACGUGGGAUAGAGAAGUUGCAUUACGCCAGCCUCCUCGGCCAUUUGCAGAGAGUCGAGGAAGAGACCCAAGUGAUUAAUCAAGCGAUGGCUGAGCUAGCAACCGUUCCCUACCUGCAGGACACCGGUGGGCAGGAUGCCAAACUGCUGCAGUCACUAAUGGCAGAUGCCAUGGACACCCUUGAAGGAAGAAGUGAUAAAAGACGUGUGUGGAAUGAAAUUCAGGAGAUUGGACUAAUUGAAGACUACUUAUACCAAGUAGAAGACAAUUACUUAAAGAACAAAAGGCAGAGAAUGGCUAGGACGGAAAAAAAGAAAAUGAAGAGGACUCAAAGUACACAGCAACAUUAG